CUCCCGCCGCCCCGCAGCCCCCCCAGCAUGGCCGCCCCGCGCUGGCUCCUCCUGGCGCUGCUGCUGCUCCUCCUCUGGCUCGCCUUGGUCGCCGCCGGGCCGCUGGGCCAGGCGCCGGACGGGAAGGAUGCGGAGGACGGGCUCAUCCGAACUCUGGUGCGGCCGAGGGGCGCGCGGCGUGGGGCCGUGCCCCGGCCGGGGGGCUGGCGGAGGUACCGGCGACCCCGGCCCCGGCUCUCCCACAAGGGGCCCAUGCCCUUCUGAGGCAGGGUGGCCACCAGCCCUCCAGGGACGUGGCUCCCGUCGCCCGCUCUGUGCCGUAGCCCGCUCCACUCGUCUGCUGGCCCUGAGCGUGUGGUGUCACCCCUGAGCCCUCGGCUGGCAUCACCUCCCUGUGGCUGUCCCUGGUGGCCCCAGUGCCGUGGGUGCCUCCGGCCCCCCCUCCCUGCCUCCUGGGGUGGCUGGGGGCUGGUGGCUCGUCCAGCUCAUGGUGGGGCCACCAGGUGCUGCCACGACACCCCCAUCCCGGUGGCCACAGGGCUGCCCUGGGCAUCGUCUCGCCGGGAUCCCUGGGCUCUGCGCAAAGCACUUUGUCAGGAGGAGCUUCUCCGCAGGGGUCUGUGAGCUCCCUCCUGCCCCGUCCCUCCCGGUUGCCCCCCUGCCGGGGUGAGCACAGAGCUGUUUCUGGGAGGGGGGGUGUCUAUUUAUUCCCCCGGUGCUCAUCCUGCACCUUGGGUGAGCUGCCCUCUCCCCCCCAGCCAGUGUGGGGUCCCCUCCCCGCUGGCAGACCCACUUCCUGGGGACCCCCAAGGCGUGGGGUGAUCACCCAGGACACAACGUGGGGCUCUGAGCCCCUCUGCCUUCUCCACGCUGUGGGACACUGGGAGAACUGGGGGGCACUGGUGUGUCCGUGUCAAACACUGACAUAUGCCAAAGGGGGGACCCCGGCUCCCGGUGCCGCUGGGUCCUGUUGACCAAGUUUCUCGUGUCUGUAAAGAUUUAUUCCAUGUAAAUACAUCUUUAUAAUAAAGAGUUAUGAUGACA